UUAGAGCAGAAUUAGGAAGCAUAGCAAGCUUUUGUAGAGUUGUGGUCAUGGAUGGUUAUGGUGUUGUCUUGUUUAUUACACUUAUCUAUGGUUUAUUACACUAAUAUGUUCGCCAUUUUGACCAUAUUUUGACAGUUGUGGUAACUAAAAAGGGCAGUUUUGCUUAAAUUUAAUGGAAAUGGAACGACAUGAAAAGGACACUGUCGUUUCUGAUGAUGAAGAAGAUUUAGAAAAUCUGCGCUUAGCAGCUCUACAAACUCUAAAGAAAACAGCCACUUCUUCAGUUAAUGAUAAAACACAAAGCAAAAACUUUAAUCAGAAUUAUGGAAAUCCUAAUUUUGGCAAACGACGUAGAGGUUUUCAUGGCAAUCGACCUCUCAAAAACGGUCAGUUUAGAAUAAAAGUGCGGACUUCCAAUUUAAUUUCAGUUCCCAUGGUGGGAUUAGAUGAUCAGAUAAACUCAUCAUCAAAAAGUACAGAGGUUGUUCCUAAACUUGUUUUGCCACAACAUAGGUAUUGCAGUAGUCAAGUUUUUGAAAAACCACACACUGAAAAAUCCAGUAAAUUUGAUCGGUAUGAUAAAUCUGAUUCAGAAUCAGAUUGUGAAGAAGAAACUCCUGAUACAGGUAAAAUGUCUCCAGUAAAAUUAGAAAGGACAACUAGUCUUGAGGCUCUUAUGCAAGAGUUGGAGAACGAAAUACAAGGUAAUGGAAAUGUUGAAAAGGUUAAAUCUAAACCAAAGAAAGCUCGAAAGAUUAAAUCAGAUGAAAUGAUCUCAGAAAAUUUACCAGAAAAUUGUGAAAAUCAAGUCAAAGUAGAGAAAGUUGAAGUAGAAGUAACCAAGGAAGAAGUAAUAAUGGAGAAUGAUGAAAUCAUUAAAAAGUCCUCUGAAAAUUUGGAAAAAACUGUGUGUAAAAAUUCCAUGAAAAUUGUGGAUAAUAGAAGUCCAAUAGCUGUACCCAAAGGUCGAACUUUUUCCUCUAAGAAACCAAGAAAUAAAAGAAGAUCUUGUUCACCCAUUUACCAGCAACCCUUUGUACCUUACGUUUCCUCAACCCCCUACUCUCAAGUUCCAUUUGUCAGUCCGUAUGCUUAUGACAAUGCUCCUUAUAAACCACUAGUACCUGUAGUUCCCACUCUACCUUUAAUACAAAACUAUCCUCCCACAUACGCUCCCCCUUCGAUUCCUACAUUUGGUUCAGCCCCUUUAUCGCCUAGAAGUGCACAAUUCGUUCUACAAAACCAAAAAAUUAUCGAAAAACGCAAAAUGUCUCCACGCCGUUCUUAUUCACGUAGUUUAUCUCCUGUAUCUCCCUGCAGUCAUCGUUCUACAAAAAGUGACAGAAGUUUAUCACCUAGACCCAAAACGAGUAGAAGAUCACCUGGAGACAGACAUUUGUCACCCAGUAGGAGGCCUUAUUCUCCUAAUAAACAUUUUGAUUCACCAGACAGAAUUAAAACUUCCAGUAGACUUGUAUCACCACUUAGGAAUGGAAAAUCUACUUCAAGAAAAAGUUCUCCCAUUAGAAAGGAAAGAGCAUCACCUAGGAGAAAGCUGUCGCCUAGUAGGCAAUUGUCUCCCCUGAGCAAUUCUCGCUGUGCCACUAGGUUGUCACCAAGUGAUUCAAGAAAACUUAACAAGUCUCCAAAAACAUCUGUAUAUGAUCGGUUAGGUGUGAAAAAGGGGAUUAAGAGAAGCAGAAGUCCUAGCAUAGAGAAGGAGCCAUUAAAACAAACCAAAGUACAAAAUGAUAAACCAGUCGAUCCUGUACUGGAAGCUAGGAAACGAAAAUUUGAAUCUAGCGAAGUUCCUAAAGAAGGAAUUAUUCGUCUUAAACUAAAAUCAGAAGAAAAUGAAAAUGAUGACAAAACUAUUAAAGAAGACCAUAAUUUAAAGAAUGAAAAUGAGAUAGAUGUUAAAGAUGAGCAGAAUGAGGAAUAUUUGCAAGAUGACGACAUAAUAAUCGACACAAAAAUUGAUGACAUCUUUCCAGAAGAAGAGUCAGAUGAAGAAAAUGAGGGAAGGUUUAAGUCAUCAAAUGGUAGUCAAACACGGAACGUGUCUAUUCUUCCUUUUACUAAACUUAUAAAUAGCUCGUUUUCUUCAUCCACUAAAAGAAGUCAUUCAGAUAACACAAAAAACACAAGAAAAGAAAAUACAUCUUCAAAAGAUAGACGCAUUAAACAAUCAGGAAAUCAUGACAGAGUAAAUAUUGAGUCAGAAAGAAGUCGGUCUCCCCUUCAUGUGCAAAAUGAUAAAAACAACACACUGAAUCAUCGUUUAGAUGACGUUCCGAAACAAAAAUUAGUCGAAGAUAUCCCAAAAACGGUAACUUCUAGUGCUUCAAAAUGCGUCCUCAGAGGUCGUAUAAUGUUGAAAGGAAACUUUAACAGCAAAACAGAAAAGAGGGCACCAGUUAGUGCAGUUUUGGAAAAUAAGAAGAUUGAAAUAAAAAUAAGGAAUCCAUCGAAAUAUGAGUAUGAAGGAGAUGAACCUAGCUAUGAUGUACUGAAUAAGGACCAAUUGGAAGAAAGAGAACGAAAAGAAAUGAAAAGCGGCAGAAAAGUAAUGGAAGUAACUAGAGAAAAAGAAAUUGAUGUUUAUGACGACACUGAACCUGAAAUUAUUGUCGACUAUGAACAAAAUGAAGACGAUGAGAAAAACGAUUUAAAUAAAAGUAAUGCUGGAGAUCUUCGAGCACAGCUAAGUAGAAAGAGAGCAGAAAGGCAGAAACUUCCCUUGGAAAGUGUUCAGUCUAGACUUCUUCAAAAUGCAUUAGAAGGUGCUGUUUACAAAAAAGACAAAAAGUCUAAGUCUAAAAAGAAGAGUAAAGAAUCAGCACCAAAAGAGGGAAAGUUGCCGAUACAUAUGAGACUGGGCAUCCCAAAAACUGAAACGAAGUCAAAGAGAAAGAGGAGCAAAAAUCGUUCAAACGUGGAUCAGGUGUAAAUCGCCAUACCGUUCAACACCGAAAUAUCAUCAAUUUUGGAAAAGGAACAAAACUGAAGCAAAAGCAGCCAAUAAUGAAGGAGUUCUUUUUAUGAAAGACUGUUAUUUACAUUAACAUUGCGAUAAUUAUGUAUCUUUAGUGUGUGAAAUAAUGUUUCAUUUGUAAAUAUUUGUUUAAAUUUACCGCUACUUUUGUGUAUAUAGUUAAUUGCUGUUGUGAAAUAUACGAUUUUCCUUUUCAAAAUAGGUCUCAACCUUUAGAUGCAUUGUAAAAUGUUACAAACUAUUUCCAUCGUUAUUGUUAAUGUAAUAGUUACUUUUGUAAGUUUUAAUCAAAUCUUUAACAAUGCGUAAAAGUAUAUUAGUUAAGACAACUAGGCUUGUGAUCUUUCUUUUUCUUUUUUAAUUAUUAUAUUACUUUAUAAGUAGGUGGUUUAUUUGUACAUGUAAUAUAAAAAAUAUACAGUGAUACAAAAAAUUU